GGGGGUUGGUUAGGGAUGUGUUCCCAUAAUGAGCUGCUGGGACCAGUACCGCCAGUACCACCAGUACCUCAACGUGCACGCUCCUCUCUCCAUGGCACAACCAAACCGUGACAAGGGCACGUCACCCUGACGCUCAUCACGAAGGUCCACGCCAUGACGUCCUCAGAAGGCCCCUCCACUCGUAAAGUAAGCCACUCCCAUACACAGACGGACAUCACCAGGCCGCUUCUGAGCUCGGCGGCAGGAAGUGCAAACGGACCUCUGCGGAGGAGGCGGCGCGUCCUUUCCAAAGAAGGGCGCAGCAAUGUGCACAUUGAGCACGUGAGCGGGAGAGGAACGCUCUAUCUGCGUGACCUCUGGACGACCUUUGUGGACAUGCGGUGGCGCUAUAAGUUUUUCCUGUUCUGCGCCACUUUUGCCGGGACCUGGUUCCUGUUUGGCGUACUGUGGUACCUGGUGGCCAUGUUUCAUGGAGACCUGGUGGAGUCAGCCCCGCCCACUGACCAUACACCGUGCGUCAUGGAGGUGAAGACGCUGACGGGAGCCUUCCUCUUCUCGUUGGAGUCCCAAACAACCAUCGGUUACGGCUUCCGCUGCAUCACAGAGGAGUGUCCAGCGGCCAUCGUCCUGCUCAUCGUACAGCUGGUGGUCACCAUGGUGAUGGAGAUCUUCAUCACCGGCACUUUUCUAGCCAAGGUGAACAUGAGCGUUGCUUCCAUUUCAGCCAGCGGUCUUCACCUUCUGAUUUCCUGCCCUCAACAGGUGGCCCGCCCCAAAAAGCGAGGCGCGACAGUGAAAUUUAGUCAGCACGCCGUGGUGUCCACGCACAUGGGACGGCCGUGUCUCAUGAUCCGAGUUGCCAACAUGCGCAAGAGUCUCCUAUUAGGAUGUCAGGUGACGGGUAAGCUACUGCAGACGUCGCUCUGUGAGGAAGGGGAGACGGUGCGCCUGGACCAGCGCAACGUGUCCUUCCAGGUGGACACAUCGUGUGAUAGUCCCUUUCUCAUCAUUCCACUGACGUUCUACCACGUCAUCGAUGAGAGCAGCCCACUGAGCGCCUGGGUAGGCCGAGGUGGCGGCUGGACAGAUGGCGACUUGGCGGAUUUCGAGCUACUGGUGAUUCUGAGUGCGACGGUGGAACCGACGUCCGCCACCUGCCAGGUGCGCACGUCGUACCUUCCUGACGAGAUCCUCUGGGGCUACGAGUUCCCGCCAGUUGUGUCACUAUCCGACUCGGGUGGAUACGUGGCCGAUUUUGCCUUCUUCGACAGAGUAGCCAAAACCACAUCACCGGCGCCCCAAAACCAUCACAGCAGCAAGGAUAAGAUGCAGCUGGGGGAGGGGCGGGGCAAUGUCGGAGACAGCAGCCAGCUGAGCAUGCGCAUCAGCAACGUUUGAC